GCAGGGUGGAGGCGCCGGGAGCAGCAGCCGGGAGCCCUCGCGCGCGCGGACCUUCACUCUAUGGGCACAGGGAGCCGCUGAGCGCGAGAAGAGCCCGCUGCCAGCGCCGCCCCGCACCUCGGACGCCCCGCACCUCGCGCCGGCCCGCUCGGCUCUCCAGGCCCGCGCCCCACGCCCCGCGCCGCCAUGAACCACUCGCCGCUCAAGACCGCCUUGGCGUACGAAUGCUUCCAGGACCAGGACAACUCGACGCUGGCUCUGCCGUCGGACCAGAAGAUGAAGACGGGCACGUCCGGCCGGCAGCGCGUGCAGGAGCAGGUGAUGAUGACGGUCAAGCGGCAGAAGUCCAAGUCCUCUCAGGCGUCCACCCUGAGCCACUCCAAUCGAGGUUCCAUGUACGACGGCUUGGCCGACAGUUACAGCGGCUACGGGACCACCGGACGGAGCAGCUACUACUCCAAGUUCCAAGCGGGGACUGGCUCCUGGGGCUACCCGAUCUACAAUGGGACUCUCAAGCGGGAGGCUGACAGCAGGCGGUUCAGCUCCUACAGCCAGAUGGAGAGCUGGGGCCGGCACCACCCCCGGGGCGGCUGGCCAGCCCCUGGCGCGGGCAGCGACAUCUGCUUCAUGGAGAAGAUCAAAGCCAGCCGCAGCGAGCCCGACCUCUACUGCGACCCCCGGGGCACCCUGCGCAAGGGCACUUUGGGCAGCAAGGUCCACAAGGCCACCCAGAACCGCUACAGCUUCUACAGCAGCUGCAGCGGCCAGAAGGUAGCCAGGAAGUUCCCGGCGCGCCCGCCCUCCUGCACCUCCAGGCAGGACCCGGGGAGCAUCCCGCCUGCCUCCUGCCACAAGGACCUGUCCUUCAGCCACUCGCGGGCCAGCUCCAAGAUCUGCAGUGAGGACAUUGAGUGCAGUGGGCUGACCAUCCCCAAGGCCGUGCAGUACCUGAGCUCCCAGGAGGAGAAGUGCCAGGCCAUCGGAGCCUAUUACAUCCAGCACACCUGCUUCCAGGAUGAGUCUGCCAAGCAGCAGGUCUAUCAGCUGGGCGGCAUCUGCAAGCUGGUGGACCUCCUCCGCAGCCCCAACCAGAAUGUGCAGCAGGCGGCAGCCGGCGCCCUGCGCAACCUGGUGUUCCGGAGCCCGGCCAACAAGCUGGAGACCCGGAGGCAGAACGGGAUCCGCGAGGCCGUCAGCCUCCUGAGGAGGACCGGGAGCACCGAGAUCCAGAAGCAGCUGACAGGGCUGCUCUGGAACCUGUCCUCUGCGGACGAGCUGAAGGAGGAGCUGGUCGCCGAAGCCCUGCCGGUCCUGGCCGACCGUGUCAUCAUCCCCUUCUCUGGCUGGUGUGACGGCAACAGCAACCUGGCCCGGGAGGCCGUGGACCCCGAGGUCUUCUUCAACGCCACGGGCUGCUUGAGGAACCUGAGCUCCGCGGACGCUGGCCGACAGACGAUGCGAAACUACACUGGGCUCAUUGACUCCCUCCUCGCCUAUGUCCAGAACUGCGUGGCAGCCAGCCGCUGUGACGACAAGUCUGUGGAGAACUGCAUGUGCGUCCUGCACAACCUCUCCUAUCGCCUGGACGCCGAGGUGCCCACCCGCUACCGCCAGCUGGAGUACAACGCCCGCAACGCCUACACGGAGAAGUCCUCCACUGGCUGCUUCAGCAACAAGAGCGACAGGAUGAUGAACAACAACUACGACUGCCCGCUGCCUGAGGAGGAGCCCAGCCCCACGGGCAGCAGCUUGCUGUACCACUCGGACGCCGUCCGCACCUACCUGAACCUCAUGGGCAAGAGCAAGAAGGAUGCCACGCUGGAGGCCUGCGCCGGGGCCCUGCAGAACCUGACGGCCAGCAAGGGGCUGAUGUCCAGCGGCAUGAGCCAGCUGAUUGGGCUGAAGGAAAAGGGCCUGCCUCAAAUCGCCCGCCUCCUGCAAUCCGGCAACUCCGACGUGGUGCGGUCUGGAGCCUCCCUGCUGAGCAACAUGUCCCGCCACCCAGUGCUGCACCGAGUGAUGGGGAACCAGGUGUUCCCAGAGGUGACCAGGCUCCUCACCAGUCACACUGGCAACACCAGCAACUCGGAAGACAUCUUGUCCUCGGCCUGCUACACCGUGAGGAACCUGAUGGCCUCCCAGCCACAGGUGGCCAAGCAGCAUUUCUCCAGCAGUAUGAUCAACAAUGUCAUCAACCUGUGUCGCAGCAGUGCCUCGCCCAGGGCUGCAGAGGCUGCCCGACUCCUCCUGUCUGAUAUGUGGGCCAGCAAGGAGCUGCAGGGCAUCCUCAGACAGCAAGGUCUCGACAGGAACAUGCUGGGAACCUUGGCCGGGCCCAGCAGCUUCAGGAACUUCACGUCCCGGUUCUAAGAGGAGGCUGCCCAGGGAAGUCCAGCUUCCAGAAGUGAUUGGACCCAGCUGAGAAGACCCAGGCCUUGCUGGAGGGGUUAUUCUGUCCACCUGUGCAGUAUUUGGAAACAUUCAAACGCAGCUGAGAGCAAACCGGGACGCCGCGGAUGAUGGAUUUAUUUUUAGAUUUUUUUUUUCCUUGGGGGAACUGACAGGCGAUGGGGGUUGGGGAGGGCGGGGGGGCUUUUCUUGAGUUAAGGGGGCUUACAUCUAAUGUUAAUACUUCUUUCGCUGAGAAAUGGUACAUAUACACGUUUGUCAUGUGUGUGUGCACGUGCAUGCACGAGUGCUGACAGCCGGACCUCAGACUGCAGAGCUGGGUGAGCUGCUGGCUUGCAGCCGGGCACGACAUGCCCUCGUGGGCAUGUCCGUGUACUGUUGGUUUAGCUGCCCCUGGUUUCCAAAGUGUGUCAUGCCAGGGCAGGGGUCCUCCCCAGGGCCAGGCCCACGAGGUGUCCUGCAGGGGGCGGGAGUAGCUGGGGCUGGGGCUCCCCCUCUUAGGAGGCAGCUUUGCAGGAAGGGAGGUUGGCAGGGUUCAGUGUAUCUCCUGGGAAAAUUGAGCUGUCUGAUUGUGGCGGCCUCCCCGCAGUGCCACGGGGACGGGGCUGGGCGGGGCGUGGGCUCCUGAAGACAGGCCAGGACAGGCUUGCUUGCUUUGCUAUGUGAAGUCUGCCCCAAGAGUCAGAGCCAGCGAGGGGGGCUGGCCACUCUCUCAGGCUGCAUGCCUGUCAGAGAAGCCUUGGCCUGUGAAGCCCCUACCUUCAGGGGGCUUGUCACCUACUUUUUGCAGGAGGAAGAAGGCAGCGUGGUGGUCACAGCCCAGGAGCUGUCGGGACGGCUGCUGGUCUUCAUACUCCUGGGGUGAGGGCGGUGGGCAGGCUAGGCUGGGCAGCGACCCGCUCCAGCCUCAGUGGGAAUUAGCCAAGAGGGUACUUCCCAGUGCAUGGGCCGACAUUCAAGUGAGUGGGUGUUUUGGGUCCUGGGAGCCUUGGAGGAAGGGAUUUGGCUAGAUCAGAAGGGACUGUCACAUCACAGCACCAGCCAGCCCAGCCAUGGCUGUCUCUGCUCCUUCCCCGGAGCCCCAGCCAUCUGUCCCUGCUCUGUGUUUGUGAAAACCACAGGGGAUGUGAUAAAAGAGGCCCAUCAGAGGCACCUGCCACACCGAGACCCCAACUCCUUUGCAUUUCGGGUGAGAAGCAGAGGAGGGGCCUCCUGAGGGAAAGGCUUGUGCAAAUAGCCCUGAGUCUGUCCUGCACGAUGGGGGCAGGCUGUGGCAUCCCCAGGCCUUCCUGGCUGCAGCCUCCCGGCCCUGCAGCAGCGAUGACGGGACGCAGGACGGAGCCUAGGUCCUCUGGCACUGAAGGUGCUCCUCCCUCCUCCCCGCAAGUCUCCUCCCCGCCCGCACUUCCCCCUAGUCCGGCCCCACUGCUCACCCCAGGAGGCAGAACCGGAAGCACCUCUGGGCCCAGGACCUGUCUGCUGGGACACCUGGCAGCGGGACUCAGGGGGCAGACACACAAUGACAGGCCGUGUGCGGCCGACCGGCCUCUGCUGCUGGGACUGUCACCCCCUCCCCGUCACUCACGGUGGACAUCUGCUCCUGGCCCGCGCCUCCCUCUCAGGGGGCAGCUGGUCCCAGCAGACUGUCCCGGGUGUAGGUUCGGGGUGACCGCUCUGCUGGCCCCCGGGGCCCAGAGGAAUUCGUUUCUUAAAGAAACGCUGCAGAGCCAGCAGUGGUGUAAGCUCUCGGGGUCCAUCAGUGGGCGCACAGACCACACCCCGUGCUCACAGGCUCACCUCCUGGAGGAAAGAAGAGGCCUGUGGUCCCCAGUGUGAGAGGACUGUCCAGGGAGAGAGGGAGACAGCCCCUGACAGUGAGCUCACGACCACCCCGGGAGGCGCCCUUCCCUCGGCGCGGCCCUGACUGCUCGAAGCCCUCCUUCCCUCGCAGGUGAGGAAGCCCAGCCCAGCCUUCGCCUUGGGGAUGGGCAGUUUUUCAGACCCAAGUAGGUGAGGGGGACAGUUAAGCCAGGCCUGGUUUGGUCAUCUCUCUUGUGACUUCUGCGGCCAGCCAACCGGGACUGUCACUUUGGAAGAGGCCAAACUGGGAAGGGCCUGCAGGUGCAUCUUCUAGAGACAGGAGCCAGGGUUCUGCUGGGCCGUCCGCAUCCAGGCCCCAGGGAGGCACAGCUCCGUGUGUCAGCUGCAUCUUGGCCUCAUGCCCCAGGCUCGAUACCCAAAACAAGACACUCCUACGUGGGGCCAAAGACACAGACCCUCAGUGUCUCUCUGUCCCUGCCCCGACCCAGGGCCUCCAGUGCUAGGGCAGAUCUGGUCACUGGCCACCAGCAGCCUGCCCAGUGGGGCCAGCCCAGCAGUGCGACCCCAGCUGCGGGAGGGGGCAAGCUGGGACGGCCAAGGCAGGGGCUCUGUCUAGGUGGGUGGGGUGCAGAAGGGCGAUGUCCAGGGCACUGCAGAUGUCCAGAGCCCCUCUGCGGCCACCCUCCCCUGUGUUCCGUGUUUGUAUAAGAACCUUGGGCUGGCUGGGCCCAGUUUCCCUGGGGGAUACACUAUGUGUUUGCUUUUUUGGAAAUACAGGGAAUCAAUAAAUUGCUGGCGUUUCUUUGAACAA